AUGGCUCAUCGUUUUUUGUUAGACAAUUAUCGGCAGCCGGUAAUCUAUGCUUCAGUGAUGGCCACAGGUUUUUGUGAAAAAGUUCGUCGUUUAAGAAAAAUUAAGCAGUUGCGGAUAAAACUUGUUCAUAUUUGGUCAUAUAUUCGUCUCUGUAGCAUCGCUGAAGAAACUGUUACCAAACAUGGAAACUUAUAUGGAAUAUUCUCUACAGUACCAAAUUAUAUGCUAACAGAUGCUGAUGUCUAUUCGAUGGCCGAUUUAGAGGAUGUCCAGAAAGGAGAGCUUUUUAAAAUCAUUGCGCCAAUUGUCAAAUAUGGACGGUAUCAUGUUGAAAGUUGCGAGCACUGUAGUGCGCAAGCAUUUGUAUGCGAAUUGUGUGACGAACGAGACGAUCUGUUAUUUCCGUUUCAAUUCGAGCGUGUGGAACGAUGUGAUGAGUGCGGUUCUUUGAGCCAUCGAAAAUGUGCGGCAAAACGACGCAGUAACGGAAAACCAUGCCCAAAAUGCAUGCGAAUCCAACAAAACUUGUUAGUUUUAAUUUUUCUUUUUUGGCAUUUGGCCAAAAAUUCUGGUAGGGCUUGA